AUGUUUAAUAUUUAUUGGAUCUUAACAAUCAGUAUCACAAUAUAUCUAAUUGUGCUUUUCUUGAUAAAUUUGAUACCCAAUGUAUCAAUUAAAUAUGUGGGGUUGUUUUCUUUAAGAGGUAUUACCAUUACUACCAAAAAGUCUACCAUACAUAUCAGCAAAAUUUCUUUACGAUUUAAUAUAUUUGAAUCAAACAAGGAUUCAGGAUUUAAACUUGUUAAUCUAGAAAUUGUUGAUGUUCGAGUAAUUAUAAAAGAAACGGCAGGAACGGAAUCACCGGCACCAAAAAUGAAACUCAAGGCUAUCGAGAAUGUUUCCCUUGCAGAGAAAUUACACUUUAAAAUACCGAAUUCACUUUAUGAAUAUUUAUUAAAGACAAGAGUGGCCAAUAGAAUUAAUAUCCAUGUGUUCCGUUGCACUAUAACACAUCAAGAAAUUCUUCAAGAUCAUUCUAUAUUUCUUGACUAUACCAGAUUGAAUGUCAAUGUUGAAAAAGACAACAGUACACGAGUGACAGUGAUUCUAUUUAAUGGCCUUAUCCAAGACAAAAGGGAUCGACUGAAAAAAGUGAAUUUGCUCAGAAAUAUCGAGUUCUACAUAAAUUGCCAAACCGUUACCUCUUGUGGAACAACAAGAUCAAAUGCUGUAUCCAUCUAUUUGUCAGAUUUUAAAACUUCAUUGUCUGUUGGAAGAUUAAACGUUCCAUUAGAUUUAUUUGUCAAGUCUCAAUCCAAAAAAGAUGUUACCAAUGUUGACGACGACUUGGCUGACACUAAAGUAAUUGAUGUUACCAAAUAUAAAGAUUUCAUCAAAGAGUUUAUGUUGGUUUAUUCAACUACUGAAAUCAGAUUAGAAGAUUUGACUCUAUCUCAUAAAUCAAUGAGAACUAACUUAUCCAAUUUCGUGCUAACACUAGAAAAACUCGAAAAAGACAAUGGCGUGACCAAUCUCAAAUUUACAUGGUAUCUCACAUCAUUCAAGUUUUACCACAUAGAUACCAAAUGCUUUGAAUUGCCUUCAGCAACAUUCUGCUACGAGCUUUGUCCUAUUCAAUUUUUAACAGUAGCUCAGUCGUUACUCCGCCAUGAAAAGAACCCAUCAGAAACAAUCAAUUUUGAUUUCAAUUUAACUUUGACAAAUCCAGUGUUUGACAUCUAUUAUGAUCAACAAGAUAUUUUUUUGGAUAUACUACGAGAUAAAAUGAUGAAAAGGAGAAUGAAUACCAUGCGAAAGGCUACUGGGGUCCAGAAGAAAGAAGAGUUUCUUACAAAAUUGUCAAUUGCAUCCAAAAUACUCAAGGCUGUAUUUAGUAAGCUAGUUGUGGUGGACACAAAGGUUAAUCUUCAUUUACCAGAGUUUGGUCAAACUGAAAUUGGGAAGUUUAACCGUUUAUCUAAAACCAAUUCAAUUAUCACAGUGGCACUCCUGGAGUUGAUUUUAAAAGUCUUCACAAGAAAUCUCGACAAAAAAUCAAACAAGUUCACUUUGAACACUUUGAUUAAAAUGAAAAAUGUGAAAUGUGAAGGUACAGGUAACAAGUUUCAUUUUACUAAAGUCAAUCUUUUAGCCUCAUACAAUAUGACACAACGAAACAUGUCAAUUAAACUUUCUAGUAAGACCCUUGAACUAGUUUCGGCAAACGAUCUUAUAUUUCACAUUGUCCGACUGUUUAAGAAUCGUCAACGAAUUUAUUUUAACAAGAAAUUUGAAGAAUGGAAAAAAAUGGAUGGUAACAAUGUAUGCCCAUGGAAACAAAGCGAACAUAUGGACAGUAGACCCGGAACUUCUUUUGCAACAGAUGUAUCAACCAAUCCUGAGUUUAUAAAAUUAUUUGAGAUUCUUCCGUCUUUCAUAUCAUCAGUGAAAAUCGACAUUUCUAGCAUAGUAAUGGAUAUGGUAUGUAAAGAGGGUUUACCUAGUCAUAAGUUAUAUGAUGAGAAAUUAGGAAGAGAAGUGGAUUUGAAAGACUUUAGAAGAGGUAUAUCUUUGAAAAUUUUUGAUUUUUCUGUCACUUACAAACUUGCAAGAAAACAUUUUGAAGCCAGUGUAUCCCUUUUGAAAGCCUUCACAUUGAGUGAAUACGCCUCAGAAUAUAUGGAAGACUUUGAUAAGGUUACUGAGGUGCAAGUCAGUGAAUCUGAAAUCAGUGAUUUAUCUAGUAUCAACUCAGCAGAGUCUAUGUCGUUAAAUGAUGAUACUCCUUCUGAGAUUGAUGAGUCUAACACUAAAAAAAUUAAAACCGUGUUAACGGUUCGCGAUAUUCUUGUCUCCAAUGGAGGGAAACUGAACGAAAAGGAUCCAGACAGAUUAACUUUGUCAAUACCUGAGGUUGAUGGCCGAGUAGAUAUGUUCUUUGUCUGGUGUUGUUUCUAUGCAAAGACGAUGUUGGAAAGGUUCAAGCCUACUGUGGAAAGUAGUUGCACCAAGGAUCAAAUCAAAGUUAUUAGAGGGCCAAGAAAGAAGUUGAAGAUUGACGUUCAUCUUGAUUCUGUAGCUUUGGUUAUUCGAUUGCCCCGGAAAGUAGAUGUUAUGAUUGAAAUCGACAGAGCACGCUUGAAGAAUGCUUUAGUUUUAAAGUCAGCAGAUAUAGUAAACUGUCGAUUAUACGUUAUUGAUCCAAGUACUAAACUCUGGGCCAGAUUGCUAAUUAUUAAAGAACCUAAAUUUAGCAUUGAUUUCACCAAGUCGAUCCACGAUGCAUAUUUUGGAAUAUGCACCAGAUCAAUCAGAGUUAGUGUCCCCAACAGGUUUUUGUUUUAUACUGUUAUUGAUAAUUUCAUAACAUUUUUUAAAGCCAUAAAACAAUUGCUGCAAAAUUUUAGAUACUUUAAUUGGGGAAUCGAUGAAUUUGGGACCAUAUAUCCAACACAGAAAAAAGCAAUUGUUUUCCCUCGGGUCAACAUCAAAACUGCAGUCUUGGGAUUGGAAUUGCGCGCGGAUCCUUUUGAGAACAGAUUAGCAUUAAUCUUUGAAUUAGGGAAAAUUGAGCAAAAGGAACGUAUUAGGAAAUGGAAAGCGUUUGAAAAAAAAGCUCAGGAGAUACGAGAUGGUGCCGAAGUCAAUAUUGAAGACCAAAUUAAGUUGUCAAAUGUUCCUGCUCCCACACAUAGCCCUGCCCCCGUACCUUCCAAGAAGACUUCAAGUGUUGCUGACGAUUCUAUCACUAGACCAGAAAGCCCUUCCAAAAGUGGAUCCUCGGAAUGUUUAUUUACCAGUGGAGCUGGCUUGAUAAAGAACAAACUUUUGAAUAAAAGGAAACAGACAAAGACCAAUAUUCUGUCAGUAGCACCAGUGAGUGAGAUAGAACCAGCAGAUGCAAAAUACACAAUGGAAGAAGCAGAGGAAAGGAUCGCAGAAGCUAGAGAAAGGUUAUUUGAAAAUUUUAGCAAGUCCUGGUGCAGGAAAUUUAAGGUUUUUGAAGAGACCAAAUCUCGAAAAUGGAAAGAGAGAGCUGAAAACAUUUGGGGUUCCCAUGAUAUUAACGAAGUUAUGAAAGAAAAAUAUGAUAUUGUUGAGUUUGAUCAUGGCAAACCUUUGACAGGAGCAAUAUUAAGGGAUGUUGAUUUAACUUUGGAUAAAUUCAAAUUAGGUGAUGUUGACAAAUUUUUGUAUGACUACGCCAAACACCAACCAAAAUUAACUUACUCGAUUUUGUGUCCAAUGUAUCUUGAACUUAAAGCCAGGAAAUUUUAUAUGAUUUUGAAAGACUAUCCACUUCCAGUAGCUUCAUUCCCGCGAAGUAACGCACCUUCAUCACCAACGAUUCAUAUUAAAACCAACUUGGUCAUUAAUGAAAAACUAUUCACCAGAAAGGAGGAAUUGAGAUAUAUAUAUGUUCCAUUUUCCCCUGCAGUCCCUGAUGAUGGUAAAGCUGACAAUUUCUACUCUGUCAAUAUACCGAGAACAUUGACGCCUGUUAAAGUUGCAGCUGAUUUCCAUUGUGACUUGAAUACUGAUAGAUCUUGCACUAUAAGUUGGUGUAAGUCUUAUCAACCUGCUUUUUCGGCAAUGGCAAUGGCGUUUGAUAACUUUACCAAGCCUGCGAUUGAUGAUAGUCCCAUUGGAUGGUGGGAUAAGAUUCCAUUGAUUGUUCAUGGUAAAUAUCAAUUCAAUAUUGCUAACGAAUUAUGUCUUCAUAUGAAGAGUGGGAGAAAUCCUCAUGAACUUAUUGGAAAGAAUGCAGGAUUUGUAUUUUGUUGGAAGAAUAAUGUUAAAUUAGUGAUUGAUGGUACUAUUAAUAGUAAAGAUUUGGUGGUUCUUGAAAGUGAUGAUUUUAUAUUUGCCAUUCCCAAUUAUUCAAUUGAAGAGAAGAAUGUAUGGAGUUUAUUCUACGAUGAUUUCGAUGAUCCAGUUCCUGAUAUUGACUUGGAAUCGAAGAAAUUUAGUAAAUAUGUUAUCAAGUUGUCGUCAUCAGAAAGAGUGCGUUGGGUGUUGGGCAUGCUUUUCGAAAGAAACAAAUAUCCAACACAUAAAUUCUCUGACGAGGAGUUAAGAGUGUCGACCUUUAAACCACACUAUGAAGUUAUGGUUACCAAUCCAGCUAACGAAUUUCAUCCGGAUUCUUACGAGGGAUAUCGUUCAGACUAUGUCCACAUGUCACUUUCCGUGAUAUCUCGAGCUAAGACAGGGGAGACAGACAAUACUGCUUAUUUUACUCCUUUGUCGUUCCAUCACUUUUUCUACUGGUGGGAUACUAUGUUGCAUUACUCUCCACCUCCUAUCAAAAGAGGGAAAUUAUUUGAAAUGGAUCAAGUCAAAAAACCCAAGAUAAAAUUUGGCACACACAUGUUUACAAUGAAGUAUCAACUAAUCUUUAAUCCAGUGACUAUUUCCCAUUUAUACAGACAUUCUACCAGUGACGUACCAAAGAAAAAUAGCAGAGUUGCGUUUACUGGUUUGAAAGGAAGAUUUGAUGUUUGUGAAAUUGAUUUACAUCAAAGAAAGGAAUUUGUUAUCCAUGAAAACAAGAAAUUAAAUCGAACCACAAAAAUCAGACAUUUGAAAAUGAAUCAAGCGGAAGUAAAUAUUGAAAAUGCCGACGCCAGAAUUAUUUAUGCGUUAUUCAAUGAUACUUCUGUGACUGGGAAAUUGAUGACGUAUUUGAAUGCUGAUACACUGGACUCGUCAACUGAUGGCUCACAAUCUCUGGAUUAUCGUGGUUCAUCAUACCUGAGAUGGCUUGAAAAUGUGGAGAUAAGUGAUGGUGACUUUUCGUGGUAUGAUCCCAAGGAUUUUAUUGAGUUGGAAGUUAGGGAGCCAUUAUCUCCGUACCCGAAAACAAAAAUAUUGCCAUUUUUUGCCACACCGAAAUUUAGUUAUUAUAGGGAAUUUACGUUGCAAAAAGACGGUCCGUUCCCAUUUGGUGGUGAGCGAAUUCACGAUUGCAUUAUGGAUUUGGAUAAGCCUGCUAUAGUGCAGAGCCGGAUUUUAUUAGACCGUCUUCAGACUUUGGAGGAUGAUUUAGCUCGAAAUGAAGAAGCAUUGCGUCGAUUUAAACUUCAAAAUGGACCUGAAUUUCAGUAUGAUAUUAAAAUGACAGAACAAGAAAUUUGCACUUUGAAAGAAAAAGUUGACGUAGUUCGUGCGGCAUAUAACGGUUUCACAGAUGACGAGUUUGGUGGUUUGCCACUGUCUUCUGCCAAAAAUCUUACUGACGAUAAUGAUAGUUCCAGUUGUUUACUGAAAUCUAGUACUGGGUUAUCGGCAUAUUCAAGUCACAUAACACAAGAUCAAAUGCUGCAAGCAGCUGCUUUUGUUUCAAUUGCCGAAUUUCACAACCGAUUUAUCUUACAUAAUUUGACUUUGAAAUGGGACGAUAAUAUUUCUAAAUAUUUUAUCAGUUACAUGAAACGAAUAGCUGAGAGGAAAAGUCAUAUUUACUAUAUGACCAAAUAUGCAGUUGAUUUAGUUGAGAAAGUGAUGCAAGAAAGUGCAAAGGAAAUAGAACCUAUACUGCAACCAAGAGAAAGAGUGUUUCAAAAAUCUUUCAAACAAACCGACAAUAUUGUUGAUUGCUUUGAAGAUGAUUUAGAUGAAGUCAAGGAUUCAGAGCGAGAAGCGCCUGAGUAUAAAUACCUUGUUAAAUUGAUACAUCCACAGAUCCAAAUGAUUAGUAAAAAAGCGCCUGAUUCUUGUGUCUUGAUCAGUUCGAAGGAUCUUGAGCUUCGGAUAGUGGAUAUUAAUAUGAAAGAUAGAGUAAAUAUUUUGUCUGAAAAUAAUGAGAUGACAGCGAGAAUAGAAAGAAGAACAGGAGUAUUGUUUAGAGAAGAGCAAUUAUUUGUUUUACAAAGAGAUGAAGUGGUUAGUAACGCCAAACUGAAAUUUGCUAAAAAUGGAUACAUGUCAGACAAAUAUAAUUGGCCACCAUGGUUUGAAUGUGAAGUAUGCUAUGAUGGUUCAUGGGCACACGAGUAUUUGGUUUCAGAGAAAAAUACCGUAGCUAUAAUACAAAAAUCCCCCAAUCAGUUGUUUAUUAGUUCAGAGAAAUUGGAGCAAGGAAACGAACUUGUUGUGUACCUCACAAAAUAUGUCAUCAAUGCGACAUCGGCACAGUAUUCGAGUAUUUAUUACGUCAUUACAGGAUUACUUCUUUCCAAUGAUAACAAAGAAAGCAACUAUAACGGUCGUUUGCAACGGUUGAUGGAUUUGGCGGAUACUUCUGAUUUUGAAGGAUUGGAUGUUCGUGUACAAAACUUGCAACAAGGCAUACGUGAUUACCGAGAAUUGUUAUUUAAUUUUGAUCAAAAAGGUGCUGAUUUAAAUGAAGAACAAAAGAAAUACUUGCAUGUUCUUGAAUUGGAAGUGGAAAGACUGAAAUUGGAAUUGAUACUUAUUAUGAACGCGUUGCAAACGAGAAUCAAGGCAACCUCACAAUUGACUAGCAAAUGUCUUCAAGUAUUGGCAGAUCAGGUGAUUUGGCAUAUGCUUGACGAUGACAGAGAACCAUUCAUUGAUUUUGCUUUGGCUAGCACUAGGUUUAUUAAAAACGAAGUUGGAGAUGGGUCUAUUGUCAACAUUCUUGAAAUUGGCAUGGUUCAAGGAUUUAAUUUACAAAAGGGGGCUAAGUAUCCUCAAUUAUUGGGUCCAAAUAUUAGCGAUGAAAAGAAAAAAUUGGAUAGUUGCCACAAAGAAAAGCCAAUAAUAACGAUGUCUUGGACAAUGUUAAAUGCUGUUGGUGGAAUUCCUAUAAUCAAAAAUGCCAAGUUAGAGACCCAACCGUUGCAAUUGGAGUUGGAAUAUGCUACAGCUAAAAAACUUGAAAGUUAUUUGUUCCCCAAAGAUGCAUACACCGAAGAUGAUGAUGAGAAAGAGGAUGAUGAAUUUGAUGACAUAUAUGUCGAUAAUCAACAAAACGGUAUGUCAGAUAGCACUAGUGAUGUUGAAUUGUCAAGUAACGAUUCAGUCUUGUCUAGCAAAAACCCACUAAGGAGAUUCAUGUCGAAGAGGAAUAGUAGACUGCCGAAGUCUUCAUUUGAUUCAGCAGUUAGUUCUCCACAGCAGUCGUUAUCUUUAAAUUCUGGAGUCACCAGAAGUUCCAAUAGCUCGGCUUUAAGUUCAGAUGAAGUAUCGUUUGGUAGUGGUAUCAAAUUAAAUCGACCACAACCACAUGUUCCGCUGCAAAAUAAAAAGCAACGAGAUGAAGAAAACGAUGAUGAGAUAGAUGUUAUAAUAGCACGAUCUUUGAAAUACAAAUCGUUGAUUGAUAUUGAGAUUGCUAAUUUUCAAAUGAUUAUAAGUUUCUCAGCACCUAUUACUUUGCGUUUACUUGAUGUUCAUCGUUUGGUUAUAAAUAUACCAACUUUAAGAUAUGUUAAUAAAAUCUGGUCAGCAAAGGAACUUACAGAUCGGUUGAAAAAAGAUAUUAUCAAGGUCAUUUUACAACAUAGUGGUAAGAUAUUAGGUAACAAGUUCAAAGCAAAGAAAAAGACAAAAACAAGUGAACCUUUGAAACAGAUAUCAAAUUAUUCCAAAUACAUGACGUUGGAUGAUUUACAGCAACAUGGACGAGAACGAGACAGUUCCACGGUUGAUCAUGAACUACAUCGGAAACCGAAAACCAGUCAUAAAUCCAGUUCAAGAAUGUCUAGUAUUGGUCGUGUUCUUUCACGUCAAAGUGUUAGCAAUAAUAAUUCUACUUUUGAAAAGUAUUUGGAUGAUGUUGAUGGAUCUGAUGAAGCUGCUACUGUUGACAAAUAA